AUGUCUGUGAGCUCGUCCGUAUACCAUUCAGCUUCCAUCGCACAACCCACAACAACGCAACAAUCAUCACAACUGAAUCAACAAUUACAACAACAGCCAAGUUUAUUUGAAUACCUUUCCGAGCUGGUGUCAAAACGAGUUGCGACCAUCAAGUAUCUCCGGCGCGCUCAUGAAGGCAACACCCAUUGGUUCAAUACUAUUCUACUCACCAAAAAUGACCUAACAUCCAUCUACCCUAACAAAAAUAUAUUUCGCAAAGCGCGAGGAAAGGAUGACGCAGGAUAUAGUGAAGGUGGAGAGUAUACACACUUGAUGCUACCGCACGUGCCAUUUGAUCUGGAUUAUUUUGAGACGUUUUACACUCUGACGGAUAUUCUAGUGGAAGCAUACCAAAAGUUACUUAUUGGAUCCGAAGGAUGUAAUCAAGCAUACUUUGAGCUGGUACUCAAGUGCGAUAGCAAAUUUAAGAAAAUCUUCACACUUGUCACUAAAGAGCUGGAUGCGGUGGCUCGAAACGCGAUUAAAGAAGAGCUCAAGUUGAUCGAUCCACUCUCAAACUCCAACAGAAUCCCACCUAUCGAUUUUGAAGGCGCUGAUGUGGUAUAA